GUACACUCAUCUGGAGUUGCUGCUCACCAUUCUGGCUGUGUACUCGCAGUCACCGAUAACAGCAUUUAUACUUCACUUUCAGAGUAUCUAGAAGAGCUUCCAGAAACUGAUGAGCCGGUGUGGAUCCUGGGAAGGCAGCACCACCUGAAAAACGAUAAAUCUAAACUGCUCUCUGAUAUAAGCGGUCGUCUUUGGUUUACAUACAGAAGAAAAUUUUCACCCAUUGGUGGCACGGGCCCGUCCUCUGAUGCCGGCUGGGGCUGCAUGCUGCGAUGCGGACAGAUGAUGCUGGCCCAGGCGCUGAUCUGCCGGCACUUGGGACGGGAUUGGCUGUGGGAGAAACACAGAAAGCCACCCGAGGAAUAUCACAGGAUCUUGCGCUGUUUCCUGGACAGAAAAGACUGCUGUUAUUCCAUCCACCAAAUGGCACAGAUGGGUGUUGGCGAAGGGAAGUCCAUUGGCGAAUGGUUUGGACCAAACACCGUGGCCCAAGUGUUAAAGAAACUUGCACUGUUUGAUGAGUGGAAUUCCUUGGCCGUUUACGUGUCUAUGGACAACACGGUGGUGAUUGAAGACAUCAAGAAGAUGUGCUGGUUCCCUUCCCAGAACUGCCCCAGUGCCCACUGCAGUUCUCUGUUGCACAAGGGUGUGCUGGGCCGAAACAAGAGCCCGGCAGAGUUCUGCUGCAGCUGGAAGCCUCUGCUGCUGAUUGUACCUCUUCGCUUGGGGAUAAACCACAUCAAUCCGGUUUAUGUCGAUGCUUUUAAGGAGUGUUUUAAGAUGCCACAGUCCUUGGGAGCUUUAGGAGGAAAACCAAACAAUGCCUACUACUUUAUAGGAUUUUUAGGAAACGAGUUGAUCUAUUUGGAUCCUCACACCACCCAGCUUUUUGUAGACUCUGAAGAAAAUGGUAUGGUGGAUGACCACAGCUUCCACUGCCAGCAAGCACCACAUCGGAUGAAGAUUCUGAAUCUGGAUCCCUCCGUAGCAUUGGGCUUCUUUUGUAAAGAAGAGAAGGACUUUGAUAACUGGUGUAGCCUUGUGCAAAAGGAGAUUCACAAGCAACAGAGUCUGCGUAUGUUUGAGCUGGUUCAGAAGCACCCCCCACACUGGCCUCCCUUCGUACCUCCUACAAAACCGGAAGUAACGACAACUGGAGCAGAGCUCAUUGAGUCCAUGGAUAAGCUCUUCGAACUGGAAGAAGAGUUUGAGAUCCUGAGUGUCUGAAGGAAGUGUCUGCUGACCUGUUGUGUGCCCGUCUGUAGCAUAUGCCGGUGUCUAAGAACACACAGCCUUUUCUAGCCCCAAAGUGCCUGAAUAUGACCCACGGACAGAGCGCAGGAACUGAGGUAGCUCUGGGAAUGAAGGCAAGAGUUCAGAAAACUUCCCAAGCAGGGAAGAGAAUUGACCCUGGACUGAGACAUGCAUUUCCCCUCCCCAGGAAGUAUAAUCUCUGAAGAAAACAUACUUCUUGGGAUAAAAGAAUGUUAUCAGAGUAACAACCUCUGUGCUACAGCUGGGAAUUAAACGCCUUGGAGGCUUUGGAACCCUUGGAUGGCUAUUGUUAGUCCAUGUCGUAUGAUGCAAUACUUCUGCUCACGCCGAAAGCAUGAUGUCGAGGUGAAAGGACUGUAUUUACCUCUUGUUCCUUCACGAGGACAGCAUCUUGGAACUUGUUUCAUUGUCUUGUUUUGAGAGAUCAACUGGAUCAGGAGGAAAACUGAUGUCAUGAAAAUAUUUAAUGUUCUCGCAACCACACUUUGUUUCUAUAACAGAAACUGUGUCUAAUCAAUGUGAUUUUGCAAUUGUCCUCCUGUUUCUAGGAGAUACAUAAAGAAACCGGGGAUAUGGAGGGCAACCCCUCCACCAGCCUCUUGAAUGGCACCCCUUGUGCAAGCCCCCCACCCACACCAAGGGAGGCUGGCUGUGAGGGAAAUCCCAGGCCCGAGUCUCGGUGGGGUUGCUCUCUUUCUCCGUAAUUCUCAUUCUGCACAUUUCACCUUGACCUUAAGUUCAAAUCAUUAUUAAAACUCUUGUUUCUGAGCAAAGAGUCUUUCAUUUAAAUUGUAUCUUAUUUAUUUUUUAAAAAAGAAACAUUUACACUUUUCCCCCCU